AUGGCUGACAAUGAAUCAGGUGAUCGUACAAAGGCUGGCAAAGAAGACGCUGAUAAAACGAAUUCACGCGCUUCACUACUUUUGCCAUUUGACGAUGAAACAGAUAACUUUCAAUUUUACGCUCAAGCUGAAUCAGGAUUGAUAGUUGACUUUUCAAGCUACGAUUCUUUGAAUCCUAGUAAACGUUUUGAUACGGGCGCUCCAAGCUACGAUUUUAUGGAACCUAUUAAACGUUUUAAUACGGACGUCUCGUAUGAUAGUGCUCAAGAGUUUUUUCAAGAUCUCGGAUUCAAUGAUGUCACAAUCUGUCGACUAAAACCUUAUUUUCCUACAUUAAAAAAUUUCGUACAUUACGACAUUUUUGCUAUUAUCGAACGGCUCCAAGCUGAUAUGCUCGCUAAUGAAGAUAGUGUCAAUGCACUUUCAAUAAAAAGUCAACGAGACUUCUUUCAAGUUCUUCGCCUGUUUGGUUUUCAGGACGAUUGGGCUCAAACGUACACGUGGGCAAUGGGUAAAGCCUAUGCUGAUCAACUUGUCAAACACUCCAUUGAAGAAUGUAUUCGACUACGAUUAUUCCCCUCAAGCACUAUCCAGCCAUUUCCUGACUGGACAUCAAAUUUCGAAAAUAAUCAAUGGCAAACUUACAGCAACCCAGAAUUUCGAGAAGGCAACAACUUUUUCGUUCGAAAGCAGUCGCGACAGAAUCUAUCUAACUUUGGUAGAAAUCUUAAUGACAUCGAUUUCAAUGAUCUAGUAAAUCUAACUCGUGCCAAUCAUGUGAAUCCACAGUAUUGGUUUCAUGCCACAGAUUGGAACAGCGCGGAAAGUAUCCUGCGAUCUGGUGCUGAUCGACGCGGAGAAAAUAUGGAUUUUUCUAAAGGUCCCGCCUACUAUUUGAAUAAUGAUUAUCGUGAUUGCUACGAAUUUCUACCUAAGCGCAAUCACGAAUUUAAUGGAGAGCAUGCAAUUUUCAUCUAUGAAUUUGAUCCAGAACAGCUAUCAAACGGACGAUAUGUUUGUAUCGACACAGACACACCUCAUAAUUUUAAAAAAUGGCAACAAAUUGUUUUUUCUUGCAUAAAUGUUAAUCAGAAGGAAGACGGAGAGCUAAAUGGAUGCAACUGCGUAUUUGGCUGGCAAUGUAUUAAUCCUAAUGACGUUCAUUCUCGACGAGCAGUGCGUUAUACACCUCAAAGGCGAACACGACCAUACGACGGUCAGUAUGCUGUGCAGCUUGCCAUUCGAAUGAGUCGUAUGUUAACAAGAGUCGACGAUCAUUUAAUGGGCAUAGUCAUAUUUGAACGCUCAUAA